CGACAUGUCAUGAUCAGACGAUCGGACGAGUGCCUGGCAUGCUAGGAGAGAGCCCUUAAAGAUAGGACGCAAACAACGAUCCAGAGAACCCAUUUAUUCCUAUGGUCCGUGCCAAACCAUCACCAGCUAAAGACAGAAUGGUGUCUCUCAGGACGAUCUGCGCAAUUCUGGCAGGCGUCUCAAUGCUCAGUUUUGGAACUCUCCUGCUCAAAUUGCCCUUGAGGUUGAGCUACAGGCUGUACAUACAGGAUCUGCCUGCGCAUCCUACUGUCUUCAACUCGCAAUCAUAUAUUCAAGGCCCACCCACCCAAAGCUUUCGAGAUAACCUUCGUGACGACACAAAGUACAUUACAUCGUGGACUUCAGCGGGAUGGACGAACGACGUGAUGACCUAUGGCAAUUUGAUUUACCUAGCUCUCAUCACAGAACGUAUACCGAUACUCCCGAAAUUCCUCUCUUCUCAUAUCGACACAAGUGCAGCUCCAUUUCCUUUUGGGGAAGUGAUUGACGUCCCCCGGCUUAGUCAAGCUAUAGGGAUCCCCUUGCUUGAAUGGCACGAAGUGAAGGACUCGGAGAGUCAGGUUCUCGAUGAUCUCGGGUGUUGGAGUGUUUGGGAAACCGUUCAACAGCACGAACAGAAUCCCCAACCACGGGGGAGUCCCUCCCUGAGUCGGCUCAAGCUCGAUAUCUCGUGGACGCAAACCCCAGACUGGGUGAAGCUGACGGCUCCUGACCAACGAGACAGUCAUGCGUCCUUUUGGUCCCUUGCGGCACUUGGGUUUCCGGAAGCUCGCAACAACAGCCUGGGCUUAAAGAACCAUCCGUCUCCUCAGCAUCAGGUUUCACUUCCCCCGGACGAUCACUUACUAUGCUUCGAUUACCUUUACUACGUAAGCGCCUAUCAUACAUGGGAAUGGGAGUUAGACUAUUCUCCUGCAUGGAGAUUCGUAGGACAACACAUGAGAUGGAAUACGACGAUAGAAAGGAUUGCCGAUGAGCAUGCCCGGCGCGCCAUGAGGGUGCUAGUAGAUGAACCAACGCCUCCAUAUAUAUCCAUCCACGUACGACAUGGUGACUUCGGCAACCAAUGUCGCGGUGUUCCUUUGGAUCAGUGCUUCGCUUCGUUGUCUGUCAUCGCGCGCAGAGUAUCCGAGGUGCAAGAGGAGCUUUGGACACAGAAAGGGAUCGAGGUCACGCAGGUUAUCAUGACGAGUGACGAGAGUGCCCCAGAAUGGUGGCUAGAGGUCAGGGCGUUGGGCUGGACGUGGGUAGAUUAUGCGGCAGAGCGGACAGAGGAGAUCUACGGAAAGUGGCAUCCAGUGUUCAUCGACGCUAUCAUUCAGUCGAAUGCAGCUGGCUUCGUCGGCACUCGUGGCUCUACGAUGUCCACCCUAGCUAGCCGCAGAGUGCAGGCGUGGCGUGGCGGACCAAUUCGGACCGUCCAAUGGGGACGGCUGGGCGCCGAUGAUCACUGAUGUGAUCGGAAUGGUAGAAUUGAGAUGACAUUACGCUGCAAAUUAACUGAAAUUAUUUCGAUCAUUGUAUUUCUUACUAUCAUGCCCACAACCGUCGUUCUUGGGCUCGAUUCCACAGGCGGAGGCAACAAGAGCUCAAUGUCAUGUCCUUCUGUAUCGUAUUGGAACUGAGGGUCUAGCAGCAAAGGCUCUGCAUGAUCCCCUGCGCCUUAGAGUGGAGCCGUGCAUCAGAUCGGGUCAAAAAAUA